GCGAACGAGCAGCAUUAGGUUAAAGGCCAUGGCCAGGCAACACAAGGCUGAAGUCAUGAUCGCAGGAGAACAGCUCAGGCUCAGACUUCACGAUGGAAAACUGAUUAAGGAUCGACGCUACCACUUUCGCACCUACCCUAACUGCUUUGUGGCACACGAGCUUAUAGACUGGCUUGUGAGCCACAAGGAAGCUGCAGAUCGAGCAACAGCUGCCAGCCUCAUGCAGCACCUCAUGGACCAUGACAUUUUACACCACGUCUGUGACAAGAGGGCAGAAUUCAAGGAUGCCAAACUGCUGUACCGUUUCCGCAAGGAUGAUGGCACAUUUCCCUUUAACACAGAGGUGAAAAUCUUCAUGCGAGGACAACAACUAUAUGAGCAACUUAUAGCAGACAAGAACUCCAUUCUGCAGCUGAGAGAGGAGCAUGGUGUUACUUAUAAGCGCUCCUUUCCUGGCUGCCAGUUGAUUGACUAUCUCAUUCAGAAUGGAGAGGCAGAUAGCCGGCGACAGGGACUGGAGUUGUGCCGUGCAUUGCAGGAGCAUGGCAUCAUUCAGCACGUGGGACAAAAGCAUGAUUUCUUUGACAGUGGGCUACUCUACCAGUUCUGCAUCAAUUUCCGCCGGCGUUGGCGCCUGUCUGAGCUGUUAACUGAAAAUGAGCAGGUUAAUGAUGAAGCUGUGAUGGCAUCAACACAAGAGGACAACAAUUCUGAGAGUCCCUUUCUUCUACGCAGAAACUCAUCCAAGGAAUGCAACCGUGCAUUCAGUGUGAGCUCAAACAAAGACUCCAAACAGAUUACCGGUGUUCGUCGAAGUAGCUUGAGUUCCCUUCAGUUUCACUCUGCUGGAUUUCCACCUCUUCAGCUGUUGUCACACUCAGCAGUGAUAGGAGACGCCCUGGGCUGGGGCUUUGUUGUCAGAGGCAUGGCUCCUUGUUAUAUGCAGGCUGUUGACCCUGGAAGCCCUGCAGCAGCUGCUGGAGUUAAGGUGCGGCAGUUUGUGUGCCAGGUAAAUGGACAGUGUGUUCUUUACCUGGACUACAGGACAGUAACCAGACUGGUGAUGACAGGACCUCGCACUGUUGUACUGGAAGUUAUGGAACCACUGGAAUGACAGUAGCUAUAUUAUCAAAGUCUGGCUCUCUCUUUGAAUAGAAAUACUGCAUCUGCAAAAAAAUAUAAAAUAA